AUGCAGGCAGCCUCAGACUUGAACUAUUCUGCUGUAAGGAAGAAAUCUGAGACCUGCAAGGACCCCCGGAGCUUCCCAGAGGUUUUCCGUAUGCAGGUUCAGUUCUGCUCAAGAACCAGGCAUAUAUCUGGGUCUCCAAGACACAAAAGCUUGAAGAAGAUGCACUUCAUCAAGAACAUGAGGCAAUAUGACACCAAGAACAGCAGGAUAGUGUUAAUCUGUGCUAAACGAACACUGUGUGUGGCUUUUUCUAUCCUACCUUAUGGGGAGAGUUUACGGAUCAGUGAUCUAAAAAUGGAAGGACAGAAGCAACGACAUCCUUCUGGGGGAGUUUCAGUCUCCACUGAGAUGGUGCUUGGACUGGAAGGAGUAGAGCUGGGUGCUGAUGGCAAGGUUGUGUCCUAUGCAAAAUUCUUGUAUCCGACCAAUGCCCUAGUUGUUCGCAAAGCUGACAGCCAUAGUGCUGUUCCCUCAUGUCGAGCUAGUGCUUCACGGAGUCUUCCUGGAUCAAGAUAUAAACCUGUGACAGCAAAGACGAUACCAGCAGGAACAGACAUUGGCAGUGAAGCUGGGGAAGCCGCAGAGUAUGAUCCAAAUCUUCUGGAUGAUCCUCAAUGGCCCUGUGGAAAACAUAAACGUGUUCUCAUCUUUGCCUCUUACAUGACUACAGUCAUAGAAUAUGUGAAACCCUCGGACCUUAAAAAGGAUAUGAAUGAAACCUUUAGGGAGAAGUUUCCUCAUAUCAAGUUGACACUGAGCAAAAUUAGGAGUUUAAAGAGAGAGAUGCGGAACCUGAGUGAAGAGUGCAGUCUGGAGCCGGUUACUGUCUCCAUGGCUUAUGUUUACUUUGAGAAGCUUGUCCUCCAAGGCAAACUCAACAAACAGAACCGCAAACUGUGUGCUGGUGCUUGUGUUCUGCUUGCAGCCAAGAUCAGCAGUGAUCUCAGGAAACAUGAAGUUAAACACCUUAUAGAUAAACUAGAAGAGCGAUUCAGAUUCAACAGAAGAGAUCUCAUUGGUUUUGAAUUCACCGUCCUUGUAGCUUUGGAACUGGCUCUCUAUCUUCCUGAAAACCAAGUUUUACCUCAUUACAGACGGCUCACACAACAGUCUUAACCAAAGCUACGUUCCAGCUGACAUCCAGUGGUGCUGGGGAUCGCAUCACUGAGCGCUGCUGGUGAAUUGCCACUGGUCUUUCUGUGCCGCUGUGUGCAUCCUGCCAUGGCUGCAGCUAGUUUUGAAGUCUGCAGUGCGUUAUUAAACUGUUGAGGUGUGCAUUACGGACACGUAUGCCAAGCCUGGGGGAUGGUACGAGAAGAGUUAUUGAACUUUAUUUUCUUUUGGACAUUUAAAGCACAAAUAUUCACCAGUCAGCUGUCAUGGCUGCUUAUUAUUCCUUAUUUAUCUUUUCGGUUUUACUAAAACUGUUCUUCUCUGUGAAGAAUACUAUGGUAUUGUUUCUUUUUUUUUUUAGCCUUUAUUGUAUUCCUUGAAACUAAAGGAAGCAUCACUUCCAUUCCAGUGCACCAUAAAGUUCAGAUGUUUCUAAGAAUCUUCUCGCAUUUUUACAUUAAUGAAAUGCAUACUUUAUUUUUUUAAAGAUGUGCCUAAAACUGGCUGGUCUGGUACCAGUGCUUUUUAAGUUAGUUAUGUUAUUUAGUGGGGAAUCCUGAAUUUGUAUAGCCAUUUAUUCUUUACCUGCAUUGGCCUUGCAUAUAAGGAAAACAAAUCCAGUAUAUCUGCACUAAUGAUACACAGGGCAUCUAUUCUCUACUAUACUAUAGAUGUAUAAGUAGCAAGAUUGAAAUUACUCCAUUCCAAUUUAGUUAACUAUUAAUACCUUAAAAAUAUACAGUUUAUUUAAAAAGGAAAGAUCGUUUGAAAAAAUCUGUCAUGAAAUACCACGUGUUGAACAAGGUAGCUGCAGCAAAGCGAUUGCCAUCCUAAUUCACUCUUCAGUGGAAGAUGAGCGCUUGACUAAGAGCAAUUUGCUGUCAAAUGUAUCACUUAUGAUUUUGUGUGCCGUAGUCUGAAAUAAGCACCUUUUUAGUAUGACUGUAUUACAUAUGGUCUUGCGUGCUCUGAGCAAAUACUUAAGUCAGUAGAGCUACUGCUGCCAAACCAAGCCAAUGAAACAAAGCAUGCUCAAUAUUUAAAAGCUACUUUUUUACUCCGUUCUUCCAAGCGUUGCGUCACUGUGAUGGUCCUCAUAAAACUGGCAUUUGUUGCACAUCUGAACAGCCGCUUAACGGCUGGUGGCCAGCAGCGCUCUGAUGCUUACGCAGAGGUUAAGUAACUUCUCUGACCAUUGGCUAUUCCUUCAUUUAUUUUUAAAAUGUCCGGGUUGGGAAUGAACUCUGGUUAUAUGUGGAACCUUCCAUGAUACUGGCUCUUGGGUUUAUUUUCUGAAGCAAUAUUAUGAUACAAGUAGCUGUGUCCACUUGCAAGGAACAAAACUGAUGCUUGGCUAUUAUGACUGAGAAAUUUGUAAUUUAAGUUUGCCUCCUAAAUGAAAUACUAGACCUCGUCCUGAGGUAAGGGACCUGCUAUCUGAUGUGUAAAGUAAUGUAAAUUCCUGUUCCUUGUAUUAAAUGUUGGUUGUAGGCAACAACAAAGCUGAGUUUGCUAU